AUGUAUGUGAUUUUGUUUAUAAUUUCAAUAGUACUCGUAUUAGUGCAUAUUUACCAAAAGAAAAGUAAUGCAAUAUGCAAAUCGACUAAGCAACUAAAUGGGAAGACAGUUAUUGUAACCGGUGGAACUUUAGGCAUCGGUUUGAGAAUUGCCUUGGACUUCGCGCAUAGAGGAGCUAGGAUCAUCAUUGCCUGUCCAUAUGAGAAAGAAGGUACCAACGCCAGGCGCAUCAUCGUACAGAAAACUGAAAACCGAAAUGUGAUUUUUAAGUGCCUUGACUUAGCUAACUUAGAAUCAGUGCGUAACUUUGCUAAAGAUAUUUUAAAAAAUGAGGACCGAUUAGAUAUUUUAGUGAACAACGCUGGUGUUGGAGUCGUUGGGGAUUUUUUAACUAAAGACGGAAUAAACUUCAUAAUGCAAGUAAAUUACUAUGGGCAUUUCUUAUUGACUUUACUCCUUUUGCCACUUUUAAGUAAAACUGGUACAGAAUCUGAGAAAAGUAGAAUAAUUAAUGCGACAUCGAUGUUACGCGCUCAAGGCUCUUUAGAUGUGGAGAACUAUAACAGAGUGGGUUAUUGGUAUCAACUUUCCAUUUAUUCAAAUAGCAAAUUGUCUGUUGUUCUGUUUUCUAAGGCAUUAACAAGACGACUACAAAAUCAUAACAUUGUGAUCAACAACGCCAACCCGGGCCUCGUGGCUACCAGGAUAUAUGAGAGCUAUAAUAUUCUAGUUGGAUAUAUUUUGAAAUAUUUAUUACAUGCAUUCUUUAAAAAUCCUUGGGAAGGAGCUCAGACAGCUAUUCAUGUCGCGUUAGACGACGAUGCUGGCAAAGUUAGUGGGCAGGUGUUCGAAAACUGUAAGAUGACGAAUAAAGCAUGGACUUUUCCGUGGAGGAAGUCUAACAACAUGGACCAGGCUGCUGAGAAACUGUGGGAUCAAUCAGUGAAGCUGGUGAAAUUGGAAAGUAGUGAACUGGGAAUUUUUAAAUUA